AUGAACCCAUACAUCAGCUGGGCAAUCCUGCUCGUUGUAGCAGGUGGCCUGGGAUGGUACUACACCAAUGGCAACGCCCCCAAGGCCAAGACCGUGGUGCGAUCUGUCGUCGAGAAGACCGAGACUACAGUAGCCCCCAAGAAGGCGAAGCGCAAGUCUAAGCCUGCCGAGGCUAAGAAGCCCGAGGUUCAGACCGUGGUCUCCCCUCCCACCACCGAGGAUGAGAAGGUCGACGCCGAGAUUGACCACAAGGAAAUGGCCCGCCGCAUGGCUGGAAUCAAGACUGGUGCCCCCGCUCAGCCCGCUCCCUCCAAGAGCCAGAAGAAGAAGACCAAGAAGGCUUCUCAGCUCGAGGUCAGCGACACCCGUGCCUCCUCCACCACCGGCGCCGAGGGUGACGAUGAUCUGUCCCCUGCUCCCUCUCCUCGGGUGAACGCUACUUCCUCCGCCGGCUACGUCUCCGACAUGCUCGAGGCCCCCGCCCCCGCCGCCAAUGUCCUUCGUGUUACCGGCAACGUUGAGAACCAGCCCAAGAAGCAGAAGGUCCAGAGCUUCAAGGAAGUUGAGACCAAGAAACAGCGCCAGAACCGCCUCAAGAACGAGGCCCGCAAGCAGCAGGUCCAGGAGGCCGAGGUUGAGCGCAAGAAGCUUCUCGAGAAGCAGCUGCAUACCGCUCGCGAGUUCGAGCGUCGUGAAGCUGCUCGGUCCACUCCCGAUACCAACGCCUGGCAAACACAGGAAAAGAAGAAGGCCGUCACCAACGGUGCUCACGCUGCCCCCGCCCCUGUUGCCUCUGUUGCCCCCGUCGUCCCCGCCUCUACUGUUUUGGACACCUUUGAGGAGCCUGCUCAGCCCAAGAAGUGGGCCCAGAACCUCCCCUCUGAGGAGGAGCAGAUGCGCCAACUUGGCGUUGCCAACGGUGACGAUGAAUGGACCACUGUCUCCAAGAAGGCCCCCAAGAAGAAGGGCGGAAAGACCGACGAGAGUGUCAGUGAGACCAGCGCCUCGGAGAACCAGUCCGCCCCUGUGGCCCCUGUCCCCGUCGAGCCGCGCGUGACCGUGACCCCUACCUACCUCCCUGAUAUCUAUCGCUCCCGCGAGAAGGGUCACCCCUUGGACUCUGACUGGGCUGCUUGA